CAGCUAAUAAAUGAUGCUAGGGAGGGUUAGAAAAAUCCGGUCCACCUGGAAGGCAUUAAGAGCAGGGGAAAGAUCCCAACCUUUUCAUCUCGUCUAGUCUUUGACAAGCAGCCAAUCGUGUCCAAACCUACCUCGCUAUCCUGGCUUUGACACUUCUUUGUUUUGCUCUGAGCAGGUUGCUCUUUCCACAACGUGCAGCCUCUGAUGUUCCCUCCCUCCUCCCGCACCUGCUCUUCUUCUGCUUCGGGGCUAAUUAAAUCAAAGGCGCCUAAAGGGAGCUCUCCCGGGUUGCGCUCACGCCAAGAGCGGUGCUGGGAAACUCUGCUCGGAACGGGGUGGCCGAUGCUCCAAAAGCUGCUACUGGAUUCCAGCUUCCAGAGACGAGCGAGCACAUGCUCUGCUUUGGCCCUUUCUCCCCCAAUUUCCCUCCGCGUCGCUCAGUGCCUUAGCCAGUCUUUGUGUGCGAAAAUCAGGACGAGUUGCCCGCUGGGCUCUGGAGCCCUUUUGACGAGGCCGAGAUGGAACUGUACGGCAAGAUGGCAUCUGUGCAAGAUACCCGGUAUGGCCAAAAGGAAACAUCGGAUCAGAACUUUGAUUAUAUGUUCAAACUGCUCAUCAUUGGUAACAGCAGCGUUGGAAAAACGUCCUUCUUAUUCCGUUAUGCUGAUGAUUCUUUUACUUCAGCUUUUGUAAGCACUGUUGGGAUCGAUUUCAAAGUGAAAACAGUCUUCAAAAAUGAAAAAAGAAUUAAGCUACAGAUUUGGGACACAGCAGGUCAAGAGAGAUAUAGGACAAUUACUACAGCCUAUUAUCGGGGUGCUAUGGGCUUCAUUUUAAUGUAUGACAUCACCAAUGAAGAAUCUUUCAAUGCUGUACAAGACUGGUCAACCCAAAUAAAAACGUACUCUUGGGACAAUGCCCAGGUUAUUUUGGUCGGCAAUAAAUGUGACAUGGAAGAGGAACGUAUAAUCUCUGCUGACAGAGGCAAACAUUUAGCAGAGCAACUUGGUUUUGAGUUCUUUGAGACAAGUGCCAAGGACAACAUCAAUAUCAAGCAGACUUUUGAACGGCUUGUGGAUAUCAUCUGUGACAAAAUGUCUGAAAGUCUGGAGACAGAUCCUAAUAUUGCUGCUGGUAAACAGAACACAAGACUAAAGGACACCCCUCCACCACAACAACCCAACUGUGGCUGUUAAUAACAUCAUUGUCAACCAAGGCAACUCCAGUGUGUUCUUUGGCCAAUAGAGUAUUUACAUAGGUCUAUAUGCCUUUAUUUAUAAUGUCUUACUGGUUCAUUUCAGAGGAGUAUACCUCUUCUUUAAUGUCCAUUCCUGGUAAAAGAUGUAUUCAGAGUUACAAAUGUGUAAAGAAAGGACACUCUAAUUCCUCUGCAUUUGGC